ACCAUUACUUCAAGUACUGCAAGAUCUCGGCGCUGGCGCUCCUGAAGAUGGUGAUGCACGCGAGGUCGGGGGGCAACCUGGAGGUGAUGGGGCUCAUGCUGGGCAAGGUGGACGGGGAAACCAUGAUCAUCAUGGACAGCUUCGCCCUGCCGGUGGAGGGCACCGAGACUCGCGUCAACGCUCAGGCGGCCGCCUACGAGUACAUGGCCGCCUACAUUGAAAACGCGAAGCAGGUUGGCCGUCUGGAAAAUGCAAUUGGGUGGUAUCACAGUCACCCUGGCUAUGGCUGCUGGCUCUCGGGGAUCGACGUCAGUACCCAGAUGCUUAACCAGCAGUUUCAAGAACCCUUCGUAGCAGUGGUUAUUGAUCCAACAAGAACAAUAUCUGCAGGAAAAGUCAAUCUUGGAGCAUUUAGGACAUACCCUAAGGGCUACAAACCUCCGGAUGAAGGGCCCUCUGAAUACCAGACUAUUCCGCUUAAUAAAAUAGAAGACUUUGGUGUGCAUUGUAAACAGUAUUAUGCUUUAGAAGUCUCGUACUUUAAAUCAUCCUUGGAUCGUAAAUUGCUCGAGCUUUUGUGGAACAAGUACUGGGUAAACACACUCAGUUCUUCGAGUUUGCUUACUAAUGCCGACUACACCACUGGCCAAGUCUUUGAUUUGUCUGAAAAAUUGGAACAGUCAGAAGCUCAGCUUGGAAGGGGCAGUUUCAUGUUGGGUUUAGAGACACAUGAUAAGAAAUCAGAAGACAAACUUGCAAAAGCAACAAGAGACAGGUAA